AUGUGUACAUCCACAAGCCUAAAUCACAUUCAACAUUCAACUCUAGUCUACGAGCUUCUUAUUAUUCUGUAUCUUCAACUCCAUUAUCAAAGAUCCAUGAGCAGAAGCAUGGACCUUCAUAAUCACUAUUUGAAUUCCAGAUUUCCAGAUGAAAUCCCUGAAAAUUUGAUAGAGUUUUUUCGAGACGACGAUGGUCUUAGUUACGAAGAAGCUCUUUUGCAACAGGAAAGCAUGUAUCAAUCAUUUCAAGAACGUGACAAGAACAAGAAAGUAGCUGCCAUUGAUGACGACAUCAUCUAUCUGUGUCAUUUAUUACAAGAAGAAGAAGAAGAUGAAGAAGAAGAAGAAAAAGAAGGUGAAUGUUCAAGGCAUGAAGGUGUCAUGACACAGGAAGCCAUUGAUGAAGCUUUAGCUCGAUCUUUGCAGGAAUUAGGAGAGGGAUUUGAUGACAUCAUCAUAUCUGAACACAGUCGCACUGCAAGCGGAAGCACACAAAGUCCUAUAGCAACUCCUUCAAGGGCACAUUCAGAAAGGUUGAAUUCAAUGCAAGAUUCCAUUGAUCCUGAUAGCAUGCAAUAUGAGGAAUUACUACACUUGGCUGAAGCCAUUGGUGUUGAAAACAGAGGAAUAUCUGCAACUCGUAUUUCUCAAUUGCCAACUUCCAAGUAUGGAUAUAAAUUGUUCUCAAAGAAUAAGAAAAAAGAAGAGAACUGUGUGAUAUGUCAAUCUGAAUUCAACUUUGGUGAAAGAUUGAUCACAUUGCCUUGUUUGCAUCAGUAUCAUAUCAAAUGCAUUAGUGAGUGGUUGAAGAUGAAGAAGAACUGCCCUAUAUGUCAAAAGGAGGUGGUUUGACUUUUAAGCGUUUAAGAAGUGAAGAAAGGAGGAAAGCUUUUGCAUGGAAAAGAUACAAGACUGGUUUAUAGAUAAUAUAUAGAUAUAGAUAUAUUUAUAUAUAUAGACAUAUAUAUGUGUGUGUGGGUUGUUAUUUUGAAUUUUGAUGGCUGUUUUUCAUGUGAAUACAUUAGCAUGAGUUGUUUUGAACUUUGGUUAUUUUGUGUUGAAGAAGCCUUUUUUCAAGGGUUAAUGUCUAAAAUGGCUUCUAAUAAUUGUUAAUUUGCUAUUUUAGUUACUCAUCUUUUAA